UAAAUAAAGAUCUGCGACAGUGUUUAGGCCGUUACAUAACGUUUCUUCCUGUUGCCAAAACUGUAAUGCGACCACGGUUGAGGCUCCAUCGAUCGACUGCAUUUGAUCACAAUUCUCUACAAUAUCAAUGAUCACGACACAAUCAUAAUGGUUACUACGACCACUAUUUAAAACCUUGCCUAGAAGUAAUUAGAACCAAAAUUUCUCUUCUUAACAUCUUCGAUCACUAGUUAGAGAAAAACCAUAUGACAAUUAACUGUGAACACUAGAGUCCAAUUUUCACUACAGUGUCUCAAACUGUACAAAAAAUGUGAUCAGAUAGAUGUUCUUGUUAAUAAAUAUACACUUUAAUCACUACCUUAUGAGUGCUUGGGGGAGCAACAUUGGAGUUGGAGUGAUAAUAAAAUCACGAGUUCCACUUCUCUAAUAACAAAAUAACAACUAACAUUUACUAUUUAAAAAAAAAUCACUUCCUUAUCUCUCUCCUUUAUUUUUCCUUUACUUUAUCGUGAAGCAAACUCUUGUGCCAAUGCCCUUGCCUUGAGAGGACAUUGGGUAGAUUUUUCCAAUCAUGUGCUCUAGUUACCUUGUUUUUGGCCUUUAUUAUAUAUAAAAAAAACUCAUCUUUCAGUUUUCCUUUAUUUCCACCCUCCAGCUUCAAAAUAUGCAAGUGGAAGAAGGUAACAUAAAAACUAUACUAAAGACUCAAGUCUCGAAUGUACUUAUCUAAAACUUUUUGACAUUAAUUUGGUCCUUUAAUGUUUAUAACAAACAUCAAAUUUUCCUUUACAAAAAAAAAAACAUCAAUGCAGUCCCUUAUUUUAUAUUUGGGUAUCAGUUUGUUCCCUAAAAUUUAUGUUUGUUUUACACUGUGAGGUUCAAGUUGAUGUAAACAAUCUCGAGAAGACCAACAACAACUUGAUAUCUCAUGUAUCUUUGGAGGACUACAUACUUUUAAAACUAUUGAUAUUUGAACAAGUCUCAACUUCAUUAAUUGAUUAUGACCUUUUAACCAAAACCACAGGUCCAAAGUUUCUGUCUUUCUAAGAGCAUAUUAAUGCUAAUAUGAAAGGAUAUUUUGGUUGGUUGAGGUUGUGUAGGGACACAAACAAGCUUGUUUCUAGUGCUCCUUAUGUUGUUGUUUCUGGUUGGUUGAUGUUUCUGCUGAAUGCUUCAUUAGUUCAUCUAUUUCUCCAAGCAGAUACCUCGAGAAGAUCAACAACAACCGACCAUGAAUCAUAGAGAAGCAACAUUUCAAAAAUAUAUGCUACAUGUUUUCUGGUCUAACUAUAUAUGACUUGAAAAAAUGUGAAUAUACUUAUAGAAUGAUUAACUAUGUAGCAUAUACACUUAAUAUUGAAGGCGUGUCCGGUAUUUGAUACCAACAAAUAUGAUUACAUUCAAUCCCUUCAAUUUUCUCAAAUUAUUACUAAUGUUUACAUGUCAAUGUUGUGUCCGGUGUCAGUUCUAUAUUAGUGCUUCUUCAUACAUGGUUAAUCAUCUCUUAGGAGACAAUAAAAUUCAAUGUUUAUGUUGCAUACUUACCUCAUAGCAUUGGUAUUUUCAAACUUCCCUACCAAGCAACUUCCUUUUGCAUAAGAAACUGUAUGGUGCCAGCAUCCUGUUUGUGAUGUGUAUAUCAUUACCUUACACCUUUUAAUUUCAUGUUUCAUAUCUGAAGCUAAAGAUUCAUGUUGCCCUUAAUUCAGCAGACAAGUUUGCAUUCUGAAUGUUGUUUAACAUUAUACAAAGGCUUCCACACAUGCAUGCACCAUAAAUUUUGAAUUAUUUUAUAUCAUCAACCUGCAAAGAUGCCAUUUCUCAAACAACCAUGUGAUUCCAAAGUUAAUUAUGUUAGGUCGAGUUGGAAGGCCUAGUGAGUGGGAAGCAUUCAAUAAACAAUGCCAUUCCAAAUCUGAGAUUCAAAUCAAGAUGAUAUAAUUGCAUGCCAAAUCAAUGACAUCAAGGAAAAAAAUAUUGUACUUGUCUCCCUCAAUUCUUUUGCUAUAUAUAUGAAGCAGAAACCAACCACUAAAAUUCAGAACAAAUUGUGCAUAUUAUCUCCUUCUCCUAUAGUCUUCUAUUGUGUUAUCUUACAAAAAAAAAAAAAAAAUGGAAUCAAACACAAAAAACUCUAUGCAUAUUAGGUGCAACAGUUUACCUUCUGCACCCCACCCUCUUGUACCACAAUUCCAUGAAAAUUUGCAAAGAUUGAAGGAUUCUGAAGCCACAUCCACUUCUUCAAUAAGCCACAAACUAAGCGGCUUGAUGGAUUUGCAUGAUUGUGCUGAUAAGUUGUUACAAUUGUCAACUACACAACAAACAUUGACACUUGAAUGCGGUGAAAAAUCGGUUGAUGAUUUAUUAGAAGGAUCUUUGAGGCUUCUUGAUAUUUGUAGCACAGCACAAGAUUGCUUAUUGAGAUCAAAAGAAAACAUGCAUGUGGUUCAAUCAGUUAUUAGAAGGAAAAGUGUUGCUGGAGUUGAAUUCACUGUUGAAGGUGAAAAAUACUUAACAUCAAGGAAAAUUAUUAAAAAGGAAAUUCAAAAGGUAGUAAAAAAUUUGAAAGGAAUCAAAAAUGAGUUGAUUGCUUGUUCCUCAAGCAAAGAUAAUGAAAAUUCUUCUAUCUUUGUCAUGUUAAAAGAAGCAGAAGCAGUUACUGUGAGAUCCUUAGAAUCUAUGUUGUUGUUUGUAUCUGAUUCCAAGGGACAAUCAAAGAAAAGUAUAUGGUCAACAAUGUCUAAGAUGAUGCAGCCAACAAGAGUGACUUGUGAUUUUUCUCAAGAAUCAGAUUCAAAUGAAUUUGUAAAGGUGGAUGCAACUUUGCAAUCUCUCAUAAGUCACAAGGUGUUAUCUGUUGAGAAUAUUCAUAGCCAUAUGGAAAAUUUGGAGAUUUGUAUUGAAGAUUUAGAAGGAGGUGUUGAGCAACUUUCAAGGCAACUCAUUAGAACAAGAGUUUCCCUUCUUAACAUCUUUAGCCAAUAGUUUUAGACUCACAAAUUCAAUUUUGGUCUCAUCUCAAAGAUGUACAUAAAUGUAAUUAAAACUUGUUCAGUUACUAAAUAUACAAUAUUAUACAAGGAUCAAAUUAUAGCUACUCUAUAUCUCU